AUGGCUGUGACGGUGGGGAGAAUGACGGCCAAUGAGAGAUUAAAAUUGAUUAAUAUUUUUAGGAAAAAAAACACGAUAGUACUUUCCUUGCCAACAAAGGCUUUGAAGUUUCUAUCUUCUUCUCUGCACUCUAGAAAGAAACAUGAUGAACUUCGACGGCUUCCAGAAGGCAAUCGAGGAGCGCUUAGAGGGAAUUCCCGUUGCUUCCGAGGAGUUUCUCUUGGUCUCGGGCUCUUCCUCUUCUGCUUCAGCAAGGACGACGCCGAGGCUCUCCUCAGCCAGGUUACGCUUAUUGACCCCCACGCGCGCCAGGGCUCUAAAGUUGUCCCCGUUGCUUUGAACAAGGUCCUUCCUCUCUCUCUCUCUGUUUCCGUUCUUUAUUUCUCUCUCGCGUUUGGUUUGCUUUGCUUUCUCCUCCAGGUGUUUCAGCUCAAGGUGAACAGCGUUGCUUUUAGAUUGAUACCUGAGUUCUCUCAAGUCAAAAAUGCCCUCAAAGAGAGGGAAAAAUCUGGCUUCGCUUCCAGUGGCUUUUCUGGUGUUCCAGUUUUCCAGUCCAGAAAUCUGAUAUUGAAGAGCCAAAGUAAGAGAUUUCGUCCACUUUUCUCCAGAAAGGAGGACUUAGAAAAUACACUUAAAUCGGCAGCCCGUGAGCAGAACAAAUUAAAUUCCACUAUGAGAAAAGGGGAUAUCCAGGUUGCCACUCUAGAGGAUGUAAUAAAAGAAAUGAAGGAAAAUUCUACAUCGAACUGGGAUGAUGUUAUUUUUAUACCUCCUGGUUUUGAUGUUUCAGACGACUCAAAUGAGCAGUAGGGCAGGAGGAUGCUCGAAUUCAUGUCACAUUUUAUACUUCUGGUAGUAUUAGCUUUCAAUCCAUAGCACAUGGCAAACAAUUAUUUAGGCUUUGUGCAUACGACCAACUUCUGACUGCAAACUCUUCUACCCUGUCUUCAAUAUGAAACGUUAUUGGAAAGUUUGGGUUUUGCAUUUUCCACUUUGGUUUUCAUUA